UUCAUAGAGGAGGACACGCCUACAGAGAUCAGCACAGGACACGCCAUGGAGAAACCCUCAAAGGAUCGUCUCACUUUAUCUCCAGCUUGUAAAAUUGCAAAUGUAUACAUCAUAGGAGAUUGUGCCGAACAAAGGGCCAUGACCUCAACUAUGGAUGGUGGACUUCACAGUGUGGAUAGGCCAUGGAAUCCCUCCGACUCUGAGCAACCUCGUACUGUGAGGGGUGGGGCCGGAAUUCAGGAAGAAAAUGAAUUUUCUUGUCCUGGAUAUGGGGAAAGUUUUCACUCUCAGCCAUGUUUUUCUUUAGAUCAGAGAGAUCACACAGAUGAGAAGCCAUAUCCCUGCCUUGAUUGCGGAAAAUGUUUUUCAGAUAAGAGCAGUUUUUCCAGGCAUCAGAGAUUACACACAGGCGGGAAGUCGUAUCCCUGCCCUGAGUGUGGAAAAUGUUUUACACAUAAAUCAGACCUUGUUAUACAUCAACGAUCUCACACAGGUGAGAAGCCGUAUACCUGCCCUGAGUGUGGGAAAUGCUUUUCACAAAAGUCCGUUCUUAAUAGACAUCAGAGAAUCCACACAGGCGAGAGGCAGUAUUCCUGUCUUGAGUGCGGAAAAUCUUUUUCUUGGAAAUCCAAUCUUAUUGAACAUCAGAUAUGCCACACGCGGGAAAAGCUGUUUCCCUGCUCUGAGUGCGGGAAAUGUUUUUCAAGGAAAUCGGCACUUGUCAGACACAGAAAAUCUCACACAGAGGAGAUGAUAUAUUCCUGCCCUGAGUGCGGGAAACGUUUUUCACAGAAGUCCCAUCUUUACAUACAUCUGAGAAGCCACACAACCCUCGAGGUGUAUUAG